CUGUGCGUGAGGGAGGCAGAAAGAGAGAGGGAACAUCAGAGACAGUUAGUAAAGGCUUGAGGUAAGGAUGCACAGAGGCAUAACAGCCCCCAGAAGUCACGUCAUUAAGGAACUACACACAUGCUCUGCUUCUUGAUGACACAGACUGUAAGCCACAGUGACCUACUCCUCUAGUCAAAGGAUUUUAAACCAAGCAAACAGCCGGCACAAAUGAAAGAGGAAUCUACUCUAAUAGAGAUGACAGGCCAGCUCACUCUUACCAGAUACGGAGACCUUCUUGCCUGAGAGGUCUGAGAAGUCUCUGCCAUCAUCAGUCUUGAAAUUGGCCAAAUUUCCAACCAUUUUGUGUCAUACAGCGCAACUAAAAGCGUGCAAGUAAAUCAGUAGGGAGCUGGGACGGGAGGGGUCAGCCAAUUGGAGGAGAGAGAUGUGGACGCAGGAGCGGUGGGCGGCACUAGCAGUGUUGUCAAUAAUCUUGCUGCUGUCAAAGGUGGUGGCUCCAAUUGAAGUCCCACUGGACCCAAAGAUCCAGGAAGAGCUGAAACAGCCCCCCACCAUUGUAAAGCAGUCACUAAAGGACUACAUUGUGGACCCCAGAGAUAACAUCAUCAUUGAAUGCGAGGCCAAGGGGAAACCAGUGCCAACAUUUCAGUGGCGGCGGAAUGGGAAGUUCUUUAACGUGGGGAAGGACCCGCGGGUGAUCAUGCGGAGUCGUUCCGGAACACUGGAGAUCAGAAGCAGCGGGAAAUCGGAAGAUUAUGAAGGAGAGUACCAGUGCUUCGCCUCCAACGAAUUUGGCACGGCGAUUUCCAACAAAAUCCUACUACGAGUGUCAAAGUCUCCGUUGUGGCCGAAGGAGGUUUUGGAGCCUGUGGUUGUGCGUGAGGGGGAAUCACUCGUCCUGCCCUGCAACCCUCCUCCUGGUCUCCCCCCUCCUGAAACCUUCUGGAUGGACAGCUUCAUUAUGCCCAUACUACAGGACAAGAGGGUGUCGAUGGGCUUGAACGGUGACUUAUUCUUCUCCAAUGUUCUGGCCAAAGAUGCCACCACUGACUACAGCUGCACCGCUCGCUUCGAGUUCACACACACCAUUCAGCAGAAGAACCCCUACACCCUAAAAGUGCUAACAAAGGAACCUUAUAAUGACACGUUUCUCAACUCCACUGAUCUGUAUGGUGCACGUAAUGUACCAGAAACCCAGCCUACCUUUCUGUCUCCAAAGGGCUUGUCCAGCUCCAAGAUAGUGCUCCGAGGGGAACAGCUUCUUCUGGAGUGUGUAGCAGCUGGAGUCCCAACUCCUACCAUUGAUUGGUUUAAAAGAGGAGCAGACCUCCCGUCCAAAAAAGUCAAGAUCGAGAAUUUCGGUAAAACUUUACGCAUCUUCAAUGUGUCCGAGGAGGACUCUGGCGACUACACCUGCAUGGCCAGCAACAAGAUCGGCAGUAUUCGCCAUUCCGUUGAAGUCCAGGUCAAAGCUGCUCCCUAUUGGCUAGAUAAGCCCACCAAUCUGGUGCUUGCCCCUGAUGAGAAUGGACGAUUAGUUUGUCGUGCCAGAGGGAACCCUAAACCCACUAUCCAAUGGCUGGUGAAUGGAGAACCUAUCGAAAGUUCACUGCCAAACCCGAACCAGCAAGUUCUUGGUGACACCAUCCUGUUCCAUUCAGUCCAGAUCGGCAGCAGCGCUGUUUACCAAUGUAACGCCUCCAAUGAGCAUGGUUAUCUACUGGCCAAUGCUUUUGUCAACAUCCUGGACAUGGCACCACGGAUGCUAGGUCCAAAGAACCAGCUGAUUAAAGUCAUUGAAAACAACAAGACCUUCCUUGACUGCCCUUUCUUUGGCUCACCGUUCCCUUUACUGCGCUGGUUUAAGAAUGGUCUAGGCAGUGGUCUGGAUGGUGGUCAGUACAAGCUGUACCACAACGGUACUUUGGAGAUUAAACAAGCCCGGCCAGAAGACCAAGGCACCUACACUUGUGUUGCCAGUAACAUUCUGGGCAAGAUGGAGAAUCAGGUGCGCCUGGAGGUUAAAGAGCCCACAAGAAUAGUGCGGGCACCUGAACAUGUCACACAACCCAAAGGAAGCACGGUCCGCUUUCAUUGUCGAGUUAAACAUGAUACUUCUCUUCCUGCUACGGUCACAUGGCUAAAAGAUGACAAGCCUCUAAGCUUUAGCUGGAUUGGCCGGUUCAGAAAGGAUGAGGAGUCCUUGACUAUUCACAAUGUCAAUCCAGAAGAUGGAGGAACCUACACAUGCACUGCCAAAACUGAAAUAGAUGAGGACUCUGCCUCAGCUCGCCUUACAGUUACAGAGGAUGACAUCUCAUCUGCCUCAAAUCGUAGUGCCUCUGCAGGUCGACCCGACCCCCCUCAGGAUCUUGAGCUCUCGGACCCCUCAGCACGUAGUGUUAGACUCACCUGGGUGCCUGGGAAUGAAAACAACAGUCCUGUUACACAUUUCCUCGUCCAGUUUGAAGAGGACAGGUGGGAGCCGGGGAAGUGGCAGAACCUGUCUAUAUUUGAUGGCAACCUAAACUCAGUUAACCUGCAACUGUCACCAUUUGUCAACUACCAGUUCAGAGUGAUUGCAAUCAAUGCUGUGGGCCAGAGUCAACCCAGCCUCCCCUCUGCACGCUAUCAGACCAGCGGAGCCCAUCCUGAUGUUGUGCCGAGUGGUCUUAAAGGCUGGGGAAGCAAGAAGAACAACAUGGAGAUCACAUGGCAGGCACUUAAGAACACAGAAAGGAACGGGCCAAACCUGCGAUAUGUAGUCUCAUGGAGAAGGAAAGACAUUGAGGAAGAGUGGGAUAACAUAACCACAACCAGAACAAAGCACAUUAUGCAUAAUACAGACACUUAUGUCCCGUAUGAGAUCAAAAUACAGGCUGUCAAUGACUUUGGACACAGCCCAGAGUCAAACAUAGUCAUUGGUUAUUCUGGGGAAGACAAACCAUCUGCUGCACCAACAGAACUCAGGGUGUCGAAGAUCAACAGCACCAAAGUAAAUAUUCACUGGGUGCAUGUGGACCCCAGCACUGUGAACGGAGAGUUUAAAGACUACAAGUGGAACCUCCACCUAAACUUCUCUUUGUUCUUCCUCUCAGCCGUUAACUUUACAGAUGGCUUGAUGUUUGAAACUCCUCCUCCUCCCCCUCCCCUCUCUACUGACCCAGUCCCAACAAUACUUACCCCAGAACCAGCCACACCAGCCCCUACAACUGCUGCUCCGCCCAAACCUACAACCACUACCACUACUACUACUACUACAACUACUACUACCACCACUACUACAACAGCUUCCACCACGGUUCUUCCUGUUCGGCCCAUGUCUCCUAAAACAGUGGAUUGGAAAAUGCUGGCCCCGAAUGUAAAAAUCUGGAAUCUGACCGUGGAUGCUAACAAUGACUAUGCUAACGUCAGCUGGAAGCACAACUUCUCCGUUGACAGCAGCGAGUUUGUGCUAGAGUUCACACUGGACAGUAAUGGGUCGAUGAAAAGCAUACAAGUAAACCACCAGCCUCCCAUUAAACUGGCUGGGCUGGUGGCCGGGGCCAAGUAUCGGUUGCGGGUGUAUUCCCAUGAGCAUAACUCCAUCAGCAGCGACUAUGUCACGUUCGAGACAGGCAGAGCCUACAAGGAGCAGGAAGACAUCGCUACUCAGGGCUGGUUCAUUGGGCUGAUGUGUGCCGUCGCUCUAUUGGUUCUCAUCCUGCUCAUUGUUUGUUUCAUCAAGAGGAGUCGUGGAGGAAAAUACCCAGUGAGAGAAAAGAAAGACCUCCCCUUAGAUGCUGUUGACCAUAAAGACCAAGAUGGUUCAUUUGACUAUCAGUCUCUUGAAAGGGAAAGCAGUGACGAAGACAACAAGCCAUUGCAGGGUAGCCAGACGUCCCUGGACGGGAACGUAAAAGAGAGCGACGACAGUCUUGUGGACUAUGGUGAAGGAGGAGACGGCCAGUUCAACGAGGACGGCUCUUUCAUUGGCCAGUACACAGUUAAGAAGGACAAAGAGGAGACGGAAGGAAACGAGAGCUCAGAAGCCACGUCACCUGUUAAUGUCAUCUACUCUCUGGCAUAGUACCCUGACCUGAGCACAGCACCCCCCAGCGGACCGGAGGGUGCCACUACACGCAUAAAAAUACAUAUAUAUACAGAGAGAAUUACAAGUAUUCACAUACAACGCACUGGAGUGCAUGAUCCUUCUGAACAAGGGAUGGGGAAAGGCAGGUGAGCCAAAAACGGUGUUCAGAAACCUUUGUUUAAGGUGUCCCCAUGCCCCACACGGACUUUAGUGUGCCUUUAGGGCGACGGGGCGGACUUUCAAGCUUUUCAUGUUGCUUAUGCUCUUCUUUUUUUAUUUUGUAAAUCUUUAAUCUGCCCCUUCCUCCUCCUCUUAACUGUAGCUAGCAUCAAAGAAACAGAGAUACAAGCACCAGACCUGUGACAUAUCAACUGUGGGUCGACUCAUCUGCAGAAUGUCGGCAAAUACGUUUAUCAUAUUGAUAUUUCCGCAGUGAAUGAUCCUUUUUUUCCCCACCUCAGAUAAGAUGCGUCCAAAAACAUGAAUUCUGUAUACAGUGCUGGCACGGUUUGAUGUGCUUUAUAAAACUAUGCACUAUGUAUUAUCAUUAUCAUGCUUUUGGGUUAAAAUUGGACGUUAGAAUCUCAUGUUUACUUUUUUAUGUUGACUUUCGCAAAGAAAAAAAAAAACAUUCAGUCCUGGCUGUAUUCCUGUAUACAGGGACUGAUAUCAUGCUUUCAUUUGCCAUUUCUCUGUUAAUAUAUUUUCACUGGCUGCAACUAUUCAAUGCCACCUAUAUUUAUCGGCCGAGGUUAGAUGGCAUCAAAUGUAAAUGAAGAUAAAAAGACAAUAUUUUGAAGCAUGGUAGUAUUUUAGCGCAAAGGACAAUGGAGAGGUUGUAAUACGAAGAGUUAAAUACACAAUGAUAUAUUCUUUUUUUUAUUUUUUUAUAAGACUUGCUUUAUAUAGUCCUCAAAAGAGAAUGAUGAUGAUGAUGAAAUGAUCGCAUUUGUUUUUCAUUCUUUCGUUUUUUUAAAUCAGCUUAGUGGAAAUUUCAACAUCAGAAUAAGUUUCUUCAAGGAGUCUAAAAAAGUUUGGGGUGCAUCAAUACAUAACUGGGUUGUCAUAUGAGGAUUUCUAGAUAUGAAUAACUCAAUAUAGACAUACAGAGUCGGUAAUGAGAAGUGUACAUAUUGUUUGGGGUUGAUCCAGUGUUGAUUCUCUUUGUCCGGAGUUUGGCUGAGACACUGCCCUGAAGACAUGCCACUGUAACUGUAGUGUCACUCUACCUGUACUCUCAUAAUGCUACCAUUACUUUAUCUUCUGCACUACUAUGUACUUACAGUAGGGUUCAAAAGUAUGAGGCCACACUGAAAACCUGGGAGUUUUUUUAAUUGCACCUGGAAAUUAACAUUUUAAGAUUUUGAAAAAUUUAAAACUAAAAAUUGAUACAUUUAAUGUCAACAUGAAAUCAAAAUUCACAAUUCUUCAUUUUAUGGAAUGUUGUAGAGUUUAAUAUAAAUUAUUUGUUUGUGCACAUCUUUAUUUAAAAAAAAAAAAUUCAUGUGCCAUUCAGUUCUCAAUGGACAAAAUCUCCUUUCUUUUGUUCGAGAAGCUGUUUCACUCGGAUUACCUCACAAUAGGG